GAAUACCGUCAACGCCAAUACAUCAUUCAUCGAAUUUGUAAGACCAGUUCAGUAAAUAUUUCAACUUUAGGACUCAGUGCCUAACUCGCCAUGCUUUCACAUUCAAUCACUUCAAACGUUUAUUCUCAAGAACUCUCAUCAUUAAUUAUCAAUUCAACAUAAAGCAUAGGCUCAUACAAUUAUGAACUGUUAUUUCAAACUGCAAUUUUCAUUAGUUUCAAUGGUUUUGUAAGACUUGGUUCUGCAAUCCUUCCAUCUGGCUGACAACCAAUUCGAGGCAUUUCUGUCAUAUAGAAUGCACUCAAUCUACAUUCAAUCAAUUCAACAAUUAAAUCCAACUUCAGCAACAUAUUGCUUUUCAUCAUAGGCUCUAGACAUCAAGUUAGAGACCCUUCAACUAGUGUGUUCCAAAAACGAUCCAAGCAUCCCAACAUACGUUGGACACUAGAGUCAGCCAGGUCAUAUAUCUACAGCAUAAAGAUAUAUUUUGCAGUAUUUUAUUAAUUAGCAACAUAUUUUCACCGUUGAACCAGCCAAUUCACGGUUACAUUCAUGCAGUUAGUUCACAUAACCUAACUUGCCCACUCGUACUUAGCCAUCCAACAUGCACAUGUAGAAUUGAACUUUCAUCAAUUGUCUUCAUUCAUCGUGGAUUAGAGUCAGAACAUUCAUUACACCCAGUGAAUUAGUCAUUGUGCACCAAGUUCAUAAACUGUUCGGUCAAAAACAUUCAGUUCGUGCGUCAUCGUCCAAAUUCGUCAUAGUUCAACCACGAUUCGGUUCAGCCACUCAUCAUUCGACUCCAAGAGGUCUUCAUCCGCGCCCAAUGACGUUGGAUUCAGCCAAGCAGAGCCAGUACGGGGGCACGGCCGCAUUUGGGACAGACCAGCUCUUCCCUCACCAGGUUUUAUUUCAGAUACGUAAAUUUCAAUUGAUUUAACAAUCUUAUUCAUGGUCCCUUUUCUCAGAGGCAUUUAUUAAUUCAUAUUUUAUGGUAGCUCCCAUUUAUUUGCAGCAUAAUUUUUACAUGACAGUGUUCAUAAACACUUGUACAUUUUUCUUACUUCAACGAUUAUUAUUAUUCAUAAUUCUAACUGAGGUUAGGUCAUACAACUAUCAGCAUAUGAAAUAUAAUAUCAGAGUCAAUUACGCAUUGCUCUACCACUGGAUAUUAUAUGGCACCUUCAACAUUUUUGUACAUUAUUUACUAAAACUUAAUAAGGCGGUUUCAACUGUCCUCACAGUCAUCUUACAGGGCAUCCCUAGUUGUUGUUUCUGUACCUUCCACCAAGCAUUAUUGGUUGUGAAGGCUUUAUUAAUUAUUGAUUCACUGACAUCUCAUAAGAUUCAGGUUUCCAUCUCACAUAUGAGACUUUUUGUAACAUCAAGUUGCCAACAUUCAAUUUUGUAUACCUUAUCUAAUCAUUAGUUAUUAGGUCAAGUACAUUUUUCACAGUUAUUCAUUUAUUGUGUUUUGCAAAGAUUAUUCAUGAAACUUUAUGAAAGGUUAUCAUUCUAUUCAAAAUUUCAUUUAUCUCAAUUCAAUUAUUAUUCAAAAAUUAUUUAAUAUUUCAAGUUGUGAUACUUAUUUCAAUUUCAAUCAUUCCAGUAGCAAUUUUGGAAGCGCACUUAUUAUCAUUAUUCUAAUUAUUCAUGCAAUUAUUCAUAGUAUUAAGUUGUAUUCUUAUUACUCAAAUCAAAUCAAGUUCAAACCUCACAGGUCAAUUCCUACAUUUCUACAUUAUUCUUAUAUCUAUGGAAAUAGGUCAAUUCAUUAAAUACAAGCGGUUUCGAGUGUUCAAUUCAUGUAUUCAGAUUUUUAUCAACAUUUGUACUGCAAUUAAUCUUAAGCAUUGCACAAAGCAAUUCAAUAAAUGUCAAUUGCAUCAUACAUUCUUACAUUAAUUCAUACUUUAAGAUCCUACUACUUGCUUAAAAGUAUUUUCAACACAACAGCAAAUAAACACAUUUAUUUGUCUGUCAUUCAGCGUCCUGAGCUGUUUUCACUUCAUUCACAGAUACAUUAUUGUAUUCUGUCACACCAGAGAGAACGAGAACCAGCGCACUCAAGUGGCUGUUUCUCCGCAUUGAAUUUAUGCGAUUCUGGACCGACAUUGUCUAACCUAGACAGUAUACAUCUACAGUAUUCAUUAUCUACAGUCCACUAUCUUACAAUUCGGAGUUACGCCCGAAUUAGGCCCAGAUAUCUCAUAAUUUCAUGGUCCUCCUCAGCCAGAUCAAGCUGGUGACAUUUGGGUAACCCUCAAAAUUUGCAAAUAUCAAAAUUCAAGCCCUCUGAGUAUUCAGGAUAAUAUUACCCACCAGGCAGGCGUAUAUAGCGCCCACAUUUCAUAUAUUGUGUCUAGCAUAAGUGAACUUAGCACUAUCAUAACCAUAGUUUUUGUAUAUUUCCAGAAGGAAUUCAUUCGCCACGGCAGACAGACCAUACCGCUAUUGUAAGGGCGCCACGCAGCUGCCAUACCUGACCGAACCUUUGUGCAAGUGUUACCAAGACAGUGCUGUGUUACAAGGUUGAAGGUGGAGCUACGUGCGUUCAUGCGAAUCAAUCUGUCCGUGAGCUAUAUCUGUAUCAUUUAUAUUGUGUCACAUUUUCUGAUUAUUGUGUUCAUAUACUUAAUUAAGUAUUUUUCAAUCAAUUAUCUCAAACCGCUUUAGGCAGGUAAAGUUCAAUUGCAUGCGCUUCAUUUGAAUAUUUUUUCAAACAAUUAUUAUCAUUAUUAUUGAAUUUUUAUCAAACAUAUUUAUUAUUCAAUCAAGCGUGAUAUCGCUCAUAUACUCAAUCAAGCAUCACAUUGCUCAUAUACAAUUCUUACGUUAUUCAAUCAAACUCAUUCAAUUUAAUAAUUUCUUCUAAUUGUUAUUUUUGUACGAAUCAAGAUGUCAGUCAAUCGUGACUCAUCAUCUGACUUAGAGUCAGGUGAUUUCCAGGGCUUUUCAGACCCUCCUCCAUCAGCGCCUAACUCAGAAGGUGCUCAUGCAAAUGUCACACAGCCAGCAGCUGUUAGUGCAUCCACUUCAACUCAAGUAGCUUCAGCUACCACUAGUGUUCUUGAUUCUAUUCAUGCUCAAUUAGAGUUUAUCAUUCAACAAGGAGUCAUUACUAAUUUUGACUCGCAUGAGAGCUACUUUGCUGCCCUUGAUUUCAAAUCUGAAAUUCAAGCUCUGAAAGAUGACUUUCAUUCAAGUAUCAAAAAACUCAAUCAAGAGGGUCAAUUCCCUGAUGUCAAACUGUGCCAUACAAUUAGAACUAAGUUUUCACUUAUUAAUUCUAAAAUCAACACUGCCAUCUAUGAAUUUGAAUUACAUCAUAAGGAUGCUGCUAUGAAUUCGCACAUACCAGCACAUCAACGUUCCAUGUUGUCACAACCAGUCCAUGCUAGACUGCCCGACAUUCCUCUGCCUCACUUUGAUGGCAAUUUCAAUGAAUGGCUUCAUUUCAAGGCCACUUUCACUAGCCUCAUCAUUAAUAAUCAAUCUUUGGAUAACACAUUAAGGUAUUAUUAUUUGCGUCAAGCACUUCAUGGGGAAGCACUCACCCGUACCGCCAAUUCGCCCUCAGGGGAUUUCAAACUAGCUUGGGAAUUACUUACUCAAAGGUAUGACAAUGCUUUACUUAUAGCUGAAAAUCAUAUUCUAGCUAUUUUCAACCCUCCCAAACUUGAAUCUCGUUCAGCCUCAUCUUGGAGAGCUUUCAUUGAUAAUCAAAAAACAAACAUUUCAGCGCUGCAAUCAUUGACGCUUGACUUAUCAGUUCAAGAUAUUAUUUUCAUCCAUGUCACUAUCUCUCGUUUCGACAAUUCAACACUUAGAGACUGGGAAAGGUUCCUCUCUAUGAAAUCAAAACUCACACUUGACAAUUUGUGGGAAUUUUUGGAGACUCAACAUAAGGUAGCACAAGCCUUAUCUCACACCAGCGCAUCAAUUACUCAAACGAGUUCUCGCACUACGGCCGCAAGCGCCAAUCAACCCAGCACCAGCAAACCUACUUUUCAGCAGAAGUCAGGUUAUUCGAAUUUCACAACAACCAGCACUCCCAAUGUGUUUAAUAGGUCUACGAAUUGUACAUUUUGUAGCGGUAAUUCGCAUAAUAUUUUCACAUGUCAAUCGCUCAUCAAGAUUCCACUUGCAGAACGAGCAUCCACAGUGCGGCAGAAAAACCUCUGUCUGAACUGCGUUUAUCCUUGGAACAAAUCUCACAGCUGUCGUGGUAGUUGCAAAACUUGCGGUAAGGCUCAUCAUACAAUGCUUCAUGGGUCAAACUUCAACUUCAAGGCGUCCAACUACGCUGUUACAUCCAACUACGCGCGCAAUCGUGCACAGAGUUCCUCGCCAAAGGUCAGCAGGAAACAAUAUUGUGAGUACAACACUCAUUCUAAUUCUCGUCACUCAUCACCUUCGCCGCAGCCGAAGUCGUCGCAGCCAGCGCGCACACAGCGUCAAGCACAGCAUGCCACAUCCAGCGCACCUCCAGCGCAUACCUCGCUCAACUCAGUCGAGCAGUGUUUUAUUUCUCGCUCACCCAGUCCAAGGGAGCGCACAGCCCAUCUCAAGUCGGUCGACCAUUCAUCAGCCUCGUCAUCCACUAGGCCACAUUCCGCACAGUUACAUUCUAGUCAUCAUUAUGACAGCUCAGCUGUGUCUCGCUCUCAUACUCCAGCGAAUCAACCUAGCUCGAGUCAACCACCUCAGCAGUCUUCAAACUCUGGUCGUCAAACGGUUAGCUAUGCUAAUAGCGCCCCUCAAUUCAAAUCAACUCAUGGUCCAAAGGCUUGCAUCAUGCCUACUGUCCAACUUUUGGUUUUCAAUGCUCAUCACCAAGCGGUGCCAUGUCGUGCAUUGCUUGACAGCGGCUCUGAUAGUUGCUUCAUUUCACGUGAACUUGCAUCACGUUUGCAGUUGCCAUCAACCUGUACAGGGAGUAUGGUUCAUACUGUCUCAGGUAGCAAUUCUACCAUUCUCAACGUUUCUUCAUUGGACAUCUAUUCAACAGAUCGUACUUGGUCGCAGCGCAUCGACUGCAUCAUAACAGAAAACAUUACUCCAAGCAAACCUCCUCCAGGAGUUGACUUAUCCACAUUCAACAUUCCAAACAACAUCAAACUCGCUGAUCCCACUUUCUACCAAUUGACAGGUGUGGACAUUUUACUUAACGUUGCCAUCUACGCGGCACUUGAUCAAGCAGGUCGCAUUCAGCUUUCUGAUAGCUGCAUCCUACAAAACACACGACUAGGUUGGGUUGUGUGGGGCUCGAUUCCCAUCUCUCGUCCAAUUGAUGCAGAACCCAUCUCAAAUUUUGUUUCAUCAGAAGUAUCAACUGCUCAAAUCUCUCAUCAACUCGAAAAAUUUUGGAAAACUGAAGAAAUUGACAUUCAAUCCAGCACGCCCACAGAGGAAGUUCACAUUGAGCAACACUUCAUUCAAAACAUACAGCGCUUACCUGAUGGUCGCUUUUCAGUCGCUUUGCCCAAAAAGGACUCGUUUCACACUCUCGGUUCAUCUCGUAAUCAAACACUUCAUCGUUUCUAUUCAUUAGAAAAACGUUUCUCAUCAAAUUCAGAUUUAAAACAGCAGUACGUUGCUUUUAUGGAAGAGUAUCUUGCUCUUGGUCAUAUGUCACUCGCUCCACCUUCACUCCCACAGGAGAGUUGUUAUCACAUACCACAUCAUCCAGUUUUUCGCCCUGAUUCCACAACUACUAAACUUAGAGUUGUUUUUGAUGCAUCAGCCAAAACUACUUCUGGCGUUUCACUCAAUGAAGUUUUGCAUAUAGGUCCAACAGUCCAAUCAGAACUGUUUGAUACUGUCCUACGCUUUCGUACUCAUCAAGUAGCUUUCAUUGCUGACAUUGCCAAAAUGUAUCGUCAAAUUUUAGUUCAUGAGGAAGAUAGAAAUUAUCAACGCAUUUUCUGGAGGUCAAAUGAAUCACAACCUGUUCAAGAAUAUUUUCUGAACACGGUCACAUACGGAACAUCAUCAGCGCCCUAUCUAGCGACACGCACACUCAAUCAUCUUGCUGACAUUGAUUGUUCACCGGAUUCAGCAGUUUUCAACACCAUCAAAUCAGACUUCUACGUUGACGACCUCAUAAGCGGAUGUUCUUCUCUUCCAGAAGCAAUCGAGUUAGCUCAUCAAUUACGCACCACUCUCAAUAAUGGUCAACUUGAACUCAGAAAAUGGUUGUCCAAUUCGCCGGAACUUAUGGCUACAAUUCCAUCUCAUCUCGUCGAGACAGUUCAUUCCAAACCCUUGUCUGAUUCAAAUGACAGUGUGGUCAAGGCACUUGGUCUCAUCUGGGAUUCCAAGGCUGAUCAACUCGCAAUUUCAACCAACGUUUCCAGCAUCAUUCAUAAAUCAUCAUUCACCAAACGAGAAUUAUUGUCAUGCGUCUCAAGCAUUUUUGAUCCACUUGGAUUAAUUUCACCAGUCAUCAUUUUGCCUAAAAUCCUACUUCAAAAGUUGUGGCUUCAUAAACUUGAUUGGGAUCAAAAACUUCCCGCUGAACUUCUAGCUGAGUGGUUAAGCAUUCUUCAAGAAUUGCCUAAUAUUUCCAACAUCACCAUUCCACGUUGUGUUCUACCAUCAGACACAAACGCCACCUACGAACUUCAUGCAUUCUCAGAUGCCAGCAACACAGCAUACGGCGCUUGUCUUUACGUCCGUAGUUCAUCAUCCAGCGGUAUUCAAACUAGAUUAUUCACGUCCAAAUCUCGAGUAGCUUCAAUCAAACCACUCCUUUCAAUUCCUCGCUUAGAACUUCAAGCUGCAUUCUUAUCAACCAAAUUAGUUGUCAAAUCUAUUCAAGCAUCUAAAAUCAAAUUUUCUAAGGUGGUCAUGUGGACCGAUUCCAAAAUUGUUUGCGAUUGGCUCAAAACAUUGCCAAACAGGGCAGAUGUUUUUGUUUCAACUAGAGUUUCAACUAAUCAAAACUUAACCGCUGAUUUCACCUGGAAGCACGUUACUUCAAAAUCCAAUCCAGCUGAUCUUGUCUCAAGAGGCUGCACACCUACUGCACUAAUUCAGAAUCCACUUUGGUGGAACGGACCUUCAUGGUUAUCACAACCUGAUUCAAUAUGGAAUGAAAUUUCAUCCAACUUGGCAGUUUUGAAACCAAUCUCAUCUCACGCUACAAGCGUCACCCUAUCAGUUUUAUCAGCACUCAUCAAAAGGCUUUCAGAUUAUCAUCGAAUCAUACGAGCCACUGCAUACGUUUUACGCUUCAUUCAUAAUUGUCGCAAUCGUCAUCAACCACUAAAUUUCAAUUUAGGAGCUCUUUCAGUCGAAGAAACUCAAGCAGCAGAACUCAAGGUUCUUCAAAUUGUUCAAGCCGAAUCAUUUGCUGACGAAAUUCGCUUGCUCAAGCAAGGCAAAGAAGUGCCCGCAUCAAGCUCAUUAAAAGCUUUUUCACCAUUUAUUCACACGGAUUCGCUACUACGUGUAGGAGGCCGAUUGCAACAAUCCAAUCUCCCAUUUGAUUACAAACAUCAAAUUUUGCUUCCAUCCAAACAUCACUUCACUCGCGCACUCAUCAUGUGCUAUCACCGCAGAGUUCAUCACGAUGGAGUCCAAUCAACGAUGACUGCAUUACGCCAACGUUAUUGGAUCAUUUCAACACGCCGCACAGUCAAAUCUGUUGUCAAGUCAUGUGUCAUUUGCUUUCGCUUCUCCAAAUUCCGUUCGGAGCAAAUUAUGGGUCAGUUACCUCCCGUCAGAAUUCAGGCCGACUUCCCAUUCUUCAAUUCAGGAAUCGAUUAUGCAGGUCCCUUCAGUCUUCUCAUGGGUACCAAAAAGUCUCGCAUCUUCACCAAGGCUUAUCUAGCCAUUUUUGUGUGCAUGGUUACUAAGGCAGUCCAUGUCGAAGUGGUCUCCGAGCUCACAUCCAAGGCUUUCAUUGCCGCGCUCAUCAGAUUUUCAUCUCGUCGUGGGAUUCCUCACUCAAUAUCUCAGCUCAAAUUGAGGCAAUCCUCAAUUCGCGCCCUCUAGUUCCACUUUCGGAAGACCCUCAAGAUCUUCACUACAUAUCACCAGGUCAUUUCUUGAUCGGUCGCCCACUCACAGCGCUACCAUUUCUCAACCCACCCACCACCCAUCAAGACAACAGAUCUCGUUGGAAGAUUCUGCAA